UCCAAAUUUUCAGGCUGAAGUCUGUAAGCCUGGAGAGGCCUCCAGCAGUAAUCUCCAAAUUAGUCCAAAAUGACCACCCUGCCCCCACUGUGCAUGACACGCCCAAAGCUUACGGCCUUAGCCAGACAGAAGCUGCCAUGUUCCCCCAGAACAAUUCCAAGGUCUCAAUUGAUCAAAGAAAAAGACGACAUAGAUCAUUAUCUGGAGGUGAAUUUCAAAGGAUUGUCAAAAGAGGAGGUUGCUGCUUACCGGAACUCGUACAAGAAGAACAUCUGUGUGGACAUGCUGCGAGAUGGUUAUCAUAAGUCUUUUAGUGAGCUCUUUGCUCUGAUGGAGAAGUGGGAUGCCCUGAGGGAGGCUGCAAAAGUAAGGUCCCUCUUCUGGCUGCAGAGACCCCUGGAAGAGCAGCCUGACAAGCUGGAUCACUUCUACUACUACCUGACCAGGGCCGAAGCAGCUGAAAGGAAAGAAUACUUUGAAGAGGUCUAUAAUAACUUGUAUGCUCUGGCCUGUUACUUCAAUAAUUCUGAAGACAAGUGGGUAAGGAACCACUUCUAUGAACGAUGUUUUCAGAUUGCUCAACUCAUCAAAAUUGACGGUGGGAAGAAGGAAGCCGAGGCGCACGCACACAUGGGGCUGCUCUUCGAGGAGGAUGGUCAGCUUCUGGAAGCUGCGGAGCAUUAUGAGGCCUUCCAUCAAUUGACGCAGGGACGGAUAUGGAAGGAUGAGACAGGCCGCGUUCUCAACUUGUUGGCCUGUGAGAGUCUCCUGAGGACUUACAGAUUACUCUCAGACAAAAUGCUGGAAAAUAAAGAAUACAAACAGGCCAUCAGAAUUCUUAUAAAAGCUUCUGAAAUAGCCAAAGAAGGAAAUGACAAAAAGAUGGAAGAAGCAGCUUCCUAUUACUUGGGCUUAGCGCACUUGGCUGCUGGAGAGUAUGAAACAGCAUUAGCAGUCCUUAACGCUUAUGCUAAAAUCUCUACAGACCUGGAUGAUGAUCUCAGCCUGGGGAGAGCCUAUGAAGCAACAGCCAAGGUCCUGCAGAGCCAAGGACAGAUGGCAGAAGCAGUGAAAUACUUGAAAAAAGUUGUGAAAAUUGCAAGAAAAAAUUUUCAAAGCCUAGAUUUUGUGAGAGCAAGUACAAUGCUUGGAGACAUCUACAACGAAAAAGGAUACUACAACAAAGCUUCUGAAUACUUUCAGCAAGCUUUUGAUACAACAGCAGAGUUAACGAACAUACCUCUGAUGGAUGAGACAAAAGUUCAUUAUGGAAUAGCAAAAGCUCAUCAGAUGAUGCUGACCAUUAAUAGUAAUAUAGAAUCUGCAGAUCUCACCAGCCUUGACUACCUGCUGUCAUGGAAGGAGAAUAGAAGUGAUGUUGCACCUGAUCCGACUAUUGGAGAGUCUAGAAGAUCCACAAUGGAAAGUUUAUAUCAAACCUCAGAGUUUUCAGAAGAGGACCUCAGUGGAUAAUCAAAAAAAUUAGACUUAAACCAACUUUUGACUCAACAAUAAAUCAGGAAGUAAUUUAUCAUGUCACUUCAGUCUUCAAUACCUGUAAUAUGAGUAUGUUACAAAUAAUACAGUUAUAAUAAAACUAUGACUAUAUUUUCAUUGGAUUUUGUAUUAUAAUUUGCUACUACAAAUUUAAAACAUCUAAAUCCAUGAAAAUUAAAUAUAUCCCAAAUGCUUAGAAAUAUCAAUAAUUAUCCAUAAGCUAAACUGUAAAAUUUUCCUUUUAUCCAUUAUUCUACCAGAAAUAGUGCUAUUAUACUAAAUCUUAGCCAAAAGGCUGAGAAGCAAUAGAAAUAAUGCUAUUAUAGAAUCAAAAUUUGGUUGUGUCUAAUGAGAAAAUUCUUUUAAGCUUAAGGAAGUUUAUGCUGAAUAAAGGUAGGAAAAGAUUUACUAAAAUUCCUGGGAACCUUUUCAACAUAUGUAAAAGGAUUAUAACAAAUAGAGACUAUCAUACUGAUAAGUACUGCUCAAAACAGUCUGCUUCACCCAGGUAAAGGAAAACUCUGUUUCCUCUAUUUGCCCCACUUCUGCCACCAAAUGUGUGAGUUUUUCCACUCCAGUUCUCAGCAGACACUGACUGGGUGUCUUACAAUUUAACUUAAUUCUGACACUAACUGCCAGGAGUUGGCACAGACCACAGAUUAAGGGAUCAGGUCCGUAAGACUGUCCCCCACUUCAUAGGCCAAUUGCAAAUCCCAGCUUGUCACCUGUACUUCUGGCUGAGUUGGCUACAAACUGAGGAUUCCCACAACUCCCUUCUCAGCUUCAAUAAUUUGCUAUAACAACUCACAGAACUCAGGGAAGAAGAUACUUACACUUGCCUGUUUAUUAUAAAGAGUAUAAUAAAAGAUAUAGGUGAACAGAAAAAUAGAAGUAUAGGGCAAGGCAUGGGAUAAGGGGAACAGAGCUUCCAUGCCCUCCCAGGGUGUAGCUCCCUCUGAGCACCUCAGUUCAUUCACCAACAUAGAUGCUCCCCAAAUCCUUUCAGUUGUUUUUUAUGGAGGCUUUAUUACCUAGAUAUGAUUGGUUAAAUCAUUGACAAUUAGUGAUUAACUCAACCUCCAGCCUCUCUCCCCAGAGGUCAGGACAUAGGGUGGAAAGUUUCAACCCUCUAGUCACAUGGUUGACUCCCUUGACCACUAGCCCCUCAUUUUAUGGGCUUUCCAAAAAGUCACUUUAUUAAAAUAAACCAAGUUGUGGUUGAAAAGUUCUUGUUAUUAAUGACAAAACAUGCUCCUUUUGCCUUUAUUCAUCUCUCCAGAGCUGCUUAAGGUACCAGGGACAAAAAGCAAAUAUUAAUUUAUUGUAUAAUAUUAGGAGUUCUGUGCCAGAAACCAGAGAGGAA